GAUACAUUGGGGAACCACGUGUUUGGUACAACAGCUGUAGGCCAGGUCUAUUUGCCACUGAUUUUAUAGCCUUAUAUUUUAGGCCAGCUCGAUACCAAGUGUGGUGAUGAUAGGAGGCAUGGCUUAACUGUUAGGCCACUUUUAUGGCCCUCCACAUUAUAUAAUGUUCGUCAUAGGAAAGUUAGGAUCAACGCUAGCCAGGCGCUAAAAAAUGGGAAUCUUAGAAGACAAGCUGCUUGAGGCUGCCUGCAUGGGGGAUAUUCGUGGCAUUGAAGUACUUCUCAGCAAGGGGGCGAAGGUUAACGCCAAGCACUCCAUCAAUGGCUGGUCUCCACUUCAUUGGGCAGUACAUCGAGGCCAUGAAGAUAUUGUGACACUGCUUUUGACUCAUGGUGCAGACAAAGAUGCUGUGAAUGUCAAAGGGGAACGGGCAUUGGAUCUAGCACACACAGAACAGAUGGCUAUAAUCUUAGGUGGAAAGCAAGAGGAUGUGAGGCCUCAGCCAUCCCUUCCCAUCACUCCACACUUUCUCAUCAAUCCACCUCUUGCCCCAUCAGUUGAUCUUAAGAUUGUACCAGAGAAUUACACCAAACUCGGUUCAGAAGAACUUCCUAGAACUGGAGAUCUGUUGCUUCGGAUCAAACCAAGAAAUGGUGUUGACUUCUUUGAAGUUGAGAUCCCAAGGAAUGAUCUUACGUACAAGAGACUUUUAGCCAUGUGCGAAGAAGAGUUGAACAUGGAAGUGAAAAUGUUGCGCAGGCUGCCCAACACCGUCAUCCGUAGUGACAAGGAUGUCCAGAGGUUACAGGAAAAUCAAGAGAUUGAAGUGGAAGGAAUUCCCAAACAAUGAUUCAUGUCACUUGCAAAUAAUGUAUUAAGAGUUUCAUUAUCAACCCAAGUGAUUUAAGAAGGAAAAAUUAUCAUUCCAUGGAGGGUGCAAACUGAAAAAAUUACUCCAUUAGGUUAAUGCUGUGCAGAGUCAAAACAAAUCAAGAGAGUUUAUGGAUUUCCAUGCAGUCUUUCAUUUCCAAACUAUAGUGUCAUGAAGGUUGGAGAGCAAAGGACAAAAAUCGCACUAAGAAGUUGGAAAUCUCCCAUUGUGAAUGAGGAGUUAAUGGUCUGAACAAAUCUUUUUGGAAAAAAAUGAAAGCUGAAUUUUCAUCAUGUCAGUACAAGAUAACUCCAAUUGAUCUCUUACACAUCUACACAAUGAGAUAUCUAUUUACUCAGCAAAAAGAUACAAGCCAUCAGACAAUUCAUUUGUGCAUUCCUUGAUUGUCACACAUGCCUUUCAUUCUUUGACAUUACUGUAUCAUGGGUC